AUGCGUGUUUUUUCUUUUUGGAUAUAUCCAUUAUUAACUAACCAAAUAAAUGCUUGGUUUAUUAGAAAAGCAGUCUCUAUUCUUUUAAAUAUAUCUGCUGCUUCUAAUGCUCCUGUUCUUUAUUUUACUAGUUCUGACUACAAAACAGCAUUUAUCCAAAUAUUUACCAAUACACAUCUAAUCAAAACAAAAAUUUCUCCAAAUAAUAAUGCCGCAACUGGACAUUCUGCAGCUGUUAAUCGUUUGCAAAUACAACAAAAAUUGAUGGCUACUCAAACUGCUAACCGAAUUGUUUUAUCCCCUUGA